AUGGCUUCAAUCAAUCCUACAAUCUCUUCUCUUGUUGCACAUGCUGCCACUGCUAAACACGCUUGGGAAAAUCUUCAAACUACUUAUGCCAACAAUUACCAGCCACGUAUCUUCAGCUUGUGUGACACUCUUGCUAAUCUCAAACGAGACCCACGCUCCAUUAGUGAGUACAUGAAGGAUAUUAAAUCCAUUUCAGACAAUCUUGCAUCCAGUGGCUCACCUCUCUCAAAUGAGGAUCUUAUCAUCAAAAUCCUAAGUGGUCUAGAAUCUGAGUACAAAGAACUAUCUGCUGCGAUAAGGGCUCGAGAUAACCCAAUAUUGUUUGAAGAGCUCUAUGACAAAUUGCUUGCGCAUGAGAUGUUUAUUAAACACUUGGUGCCAAAGCUUGAAAACCCAAUCAUCACUGCCCAGGUUUAUCAAAAUUCAGCCAACCCAAACUCAAAAUCCAGGAACUAUAAUCCAAGAAACAACCGCAAGGGUCCCAUUCAGAAGACUUCAACCAACCAAAGCACCAACUCCUUCUAG